AUGAUCCAAAAGCUGGAAGCGAAAGGAAUCAUGCUAGAUGAUAUUUGGUUGUGGGAUGAUGGAUCCGACCAUGAUGGUGUAACAAAGAUAUACGUACAAGGCGGCCCUGAAGGCAUACAUUUCUUUUAUUUCGACUAUGUGAAAAGUGGAAAACGGAAAGAAGGAUCAAUCCAUGGCUACUUGGACUGUGGUUACACACAAACGUUUGAGAUUAACCAUCUGCUGAAUGAACAUCUUGAAUCCGUUGAUGCUUACUAUGACGAAAAGUCUUUUGCUAUGCAAGCACUUCAGUUCAAAACCAAUUUCAGGACCUCUGAAAUGAUGGGGUAUGUUUUUAACUGCACUAAGUUCACCCUAGCAGUUGAAGGAAAGAAGAUCAUUGGGUUUCAUGGAUCUGGUGAGAGACGGAGACAGAUCUUCUCUCUUGGAGCUUACUUCACUUCGACUACUCCUAAUAGAUUGGAAGCGAGAGGUGGCAUGGGAGGCAAGAAGUGGGAUGAUGGAUCUGACAAUGAAAAUGUAUCAAAGAUUGAAGUACUAGGUGGUGUUGAAGGCAUAAAGUACAUCAAAUUUGACUACGUCAAGAGUGGACAACUAAAAUGUGGAUUAAUCCAUGGUGUCUCUGGUGAUGGUUUCACACAGACGUUUGAGAUUAACUAUCUAAACGAGGAAUAUCUAGUAUACGUCGAAGGUUACUAUGAUGAUGCAACCGAAGUCAUUCAAGGGAUUCAGUUCAAAACAAACAUCAAUAGAUCUGUUAUGAUGGGAUAUAAAAAGGGCAGGAAGUUCUCACUUGCAAACAAGGGAAAUAAGAUAAUUGGGUUUCAUGGAUAUGCGGAGGAAAGCCUAAACUCUCUUGGAGCAUAUUUCACUACAGCCACUCCUAAUAAAUUGGAAUGCCAAGCUGAUCAUUUUGAUACUGAUUAUUUUUGGGAUGAUGGUUGUAUUUACGACGGCAUAAGGAAGGUGUACGUUGAUGUUGGUAAUUAUGAUAUAGCUUGUAUUAGGUGUGAGUACGAUAAUGGCGGAAAAGUGGAAAACACUCAGUACCGGUGCGUUGUUGAAAAUGAAAAAGAGUUUGUGCUUGACUAUCCAAACGAAUUUAUCACGUCAGUAGAGGGGACUUUCAAAGAAGUGACAGAUCACAGAGAUCCCACGUGGAUUAAGUCACUGGUGUUCAAAACAUCAAAAGGGAGAACCUCUCCAACAUUUGGAGAAGUAUCUACUGGUGGAAAGUUUGUGCUGGAGAAGAAAGGUAGUGCUCUUGUUGGGUUCUAUGGAUGGUAUUGCGGUUUUACUCUUAGUGCCCUUGGAGCCUAUUAUCGCCCGUUUCCUCCUACUCCUGAUUCGGAGAAACUAGAAGCACAAGGUGGUGAUGGAGGAGAUUCUUGGGAUGAUGGUGCUACUUUCAACGGUGUUAGAAACAUAUACAUUGGAGUAACCGAAAAUGGUGUAUGUUUUGUCAAGUUUAUGUACCUCAAAAGUAGUCGCAUGGUCUUCGGAGAUGAUCAUGGGAACAAGAACUUGCUAGCUGAAGUCAAGGAGUUUAAGUUGGAAUAUCCGUUUGAAUAUGUCACAUCAGUGGAGGGUAAUUAUGAUGAUGAAUCUGGAGUUAUAUCCAUGCUCAGGUUCAAGACCAACAAGCAGAUGUCUCCAGACUUUGGAGUCACUACAACAUCAAACUUUGUACUUCAGAAGGAUGAUCACAAGAUCGUUGGAUUCCAUGGAAAGUCCGGUAACAUGCUUCAUCAAAUUGGGGUCCAUGUUCUACCCAACGACUUUUAG